UGAAGUUAUCUUCUAGGCGGUCCCACUUAUCUGAUAGCAUGAGGUAUGCACACCUUUCGGAGGCCGAACUUGACAAAGUCGUUCGUCAGUUGGUUGGAGAAAAUGAACAAAUUGGAUCUAAUGCUGUUCGGGCCAGAAUGGCUACUAUGGGAGUACGAGUUCAGCGGAGGAGAGUGAGGGAGAGUUUGAUCCGAGUGAACCCAGCCGGAGCUGCACACAGAGCACUAUCUCAUCGACUGCACUGGAGAACCUACAAUGUUGCAGGUCCUAACUCUCUGUGGCACAUAGAUGGGAACCACAAGCUGAUCAGGUGGAGAAUAGUGAUCCAUGGGGGGAUCUGUGGCUUCAGCAGACUGGUUGUAUUUUUGCAAGUUUCUGACAACAACAGGGCUGGCACAGUGUUUGACCAGUUUGUUCAAGCCACAGCUAGGUAUGGUGUUCCAUCUCGAGUUAGAUGUGACCACGGAGGAGAAAACAAUACAGUUGGUUUGUUUAUGAAUAUCUAUCAUGGAUCUGAGAGAGGAAGUGCCAUCCGUGGUAGAAGUGUGCACAACCAGAGGAUCGAGAGACUUUGGGGAGAUCUUUGGCGGGGUAUGACUAAUGUGUACCACCAGCUUUUCUCCUUUCUCGAGAGUGAUGGAGUCAUUGACUGUACCAACGAGCGACACAUGUGGGCACUGCAUCAUGUGUACAUUCCCCGGAUUAACCGGGACUUGGAGGUUUUCAGGGAACAGUGGAACAAUCAUGGAUUGCGCACUGCUGGCUACCACACACCAUAUCAGAUGUUUGUCAGAGGAUGUCUUCAGAGGCAAACAUCAUCGCUCACUGCCAUGGCAGAGAUUUUUGGACACAGACCUGCUCAAGAAGUUGCAAUUCCUGCUGUGGAUUGGCAGGAAGUUGUUACAGUUCCUGCUAACCAAUUCAGUCCAACCCAGGCACAGAUGCAACAAUUGCAGGAUGUAGACAAUCUUGCAGGACCUGUUGGUAGUCUAGCUAUUGAUGCACUGCAAACCGUAAUUAAUAUUCUGCAUCAGUAGCUUCUUGUCGAUUGUUUCUAUUGUAAUAAGGAUGUUCAACUAUUAA